AUGGCCCGCGUGUCAUUCGCCAUGCUGUCGCUCGGGGCAGCGCUGGCCACUGAGGAGACCACGGCAAGCUUGCGGGGCUCUGCUGCGGCGCGACGCCUGGAGAGCUGCACCGCGGACGCGAAGCCAUGCGCAGCCCCGCACUCCAACUCGGCUAUCCAGCUGCCUGCGGCACUCCCCGCCACCGUGCCAGCCCAGCGCCUGGGAUGGCGACUGCUCGAAAGAUCGCGCCAACGAAGCGCUGGUGGGGGGGGCAGUGCAUGCAUUGAAGCGUGGCGAGAGGGGGGUCCCUUGAAAGAUGUCAAAAACCCCGCCAGACAGUGCUUCACACCGUAG